CUCCCUCUACAGAGAGCGCUCCAGCACACAGAUACAGCCAUGGCACCUACAGUCACUGCAGCAAUGGGCUAUUCGAAGGAGCACAUGACUCUGGCCAUCAAGCUGAGAAAGCCGAUAGUGGAGAAGAUGCGCCGAGAUCGCAUCAACAGCAGCAUCGAGCAGCUCAGGCAGCUCCUGGACCAGCAGCCGGAUUCCAAGCUGGAAAAAGCCGACAUCCUGGAAAUGACGGUCUGCUACCUGAGGCGGCACAGCCAGCGCCAGCCCGUGAGCGCCCCCUCUGGGCCCUCAGCUGAAAGUGAAGGCUACUCCAGGUGUGUCCAAGAAAUCAAGCGCUUCCUCUCCCAGGAUGGGACGAAGGUGGAGUCCCAGGGAAGACUGCUGAACCAUUUCCAGAACACACAGCUUUCCUUGGAUAAGAGCAGCUGUCAGAGUGUCCUGCCUCAGCUGAGCUCCCCAGUCCAUCACACCACCAUCAAAGGAGAGACUCAGGCUAACACAAUCCUCUGGAGGCCCUGGUAGAGCAUUACAGACUGUUCUCAAAUGCUGGAACAAACUGAAUUGCACAGGCCUCCCUAAGAUGAACAUGGUCAGCAAUUAUAACUUUGUAAUAUUAUUUCUCUCUUUUGUCAGUCAAGUGCAGAAGAUUUUUAAUGGUGUAUUUCUUCAAAAUGAGUCAGAAUUAUUUCCUGGUGUUGGAUAAAUAAUGUGCUACUUAUGUCUUGUGAUACAAGGUACUAUCUGCCUGCAAUGCAGACCUAAGGUACUUUAGAGUAUUUUCUAUUUCAGGAAAUUUCUGUACUUUUACACUAGCUCUAUUGUCUUCUGUGAAGACGGUAGUCCGAACUAUUUUUCUUGGCCUGGAAAAGUAUUUUAGCAGUAAAUUACUUAAGUAAUGUUUUUAUUAUAUAUAACCCACUGGUUUUAAAUUUUUAUUGAAACUUUUUGUACAAGAAAAUUUCUUCUCUAGGACUCCUUCCUUCAAUAAUGUAUUGUUAUGCAUGUAAUUUUUAAUUGUCCAUAUUGUUUGACAGUUUUCUUUAAUUGAAAUAUGUAAUGAAAUAGCGUCUUCUAUGAAGACAAAAUGCACUGUAGUUUGUCAGAAAAAUGUGUUGUUUUUUUCUAAAACAACUAUUAUCAAUGUUUUCA